GAUAUAUUUUCAGCAGGAAGUGAAACUUCAGCAACAACAGUGGAAUGGGCAAUGUCAGAGCUUCUGAAAAACCCUAGAGUAAUGGAGAAGGUGCAAUCGGAAGUGCGACAAGUAUUCGAAGGAAAAAACAAAAUCGAAGAGGAAGAUGUUCAAAAGCUCCAUUACCUGAAAUUAGUCAUGAAGGAAACUUUUCGGUUGCACCCUCCGGGUCCUUUAAUCCCCAGAGAGGCAAGGGAAAGAUGUGAAAUUGGUGGAUAUACAAUACCAGCCAAGGCCAAAAUCCUCAUCAAUGCCUAUGCAAUAGGGAGAGAUCCAAAACUUUGGGCCGAUCCUGAAUGCUUUCAACCAGAGCGCUUUCAAGGUUCUUCCAUUGACUUUAAAGGCAACAAUUUUGAAUUGCUUCCAUUUGGUGCAGGUAGGAGGAUUUUUCCAGGCAUCUCAUUUGCUACUUCAAACAUUGAGCUUGGACUUGCUCAACUAUUGUACCACUUUAACUGGAACCUUCCAAAUGGGACUAAACUCGAAGCCCUCGACAUGGCAGAUAAUUUUGGAAUAACGGCUAGAAGAAAGAACAAUUUGCAUUUGAUCGCCACUACUUAUAUUCCUUUCAACAAAUGA